GUUUCGUUUUUUCUCUGAUGUGUGCGAGUGCUUAUUGCGGCGAAUUUGCUACAUAUUUUUUAGAUUUGUGAAUUUUAUGUUUAAACAACCAAGAAGUGAAAUAAAUCAUUGUGUAGUGUCUUCCGGUGAUUGACUAAAAUUUUUCCAAGAAAAAAAGAACACAACAUACAUAUAUAUGUUAAUAUAUAUUUGUGUUGGUCGUUUAUCAGCAACGUACGUACAUAUAGGGGCGUGUGAUCAGCCAACCUGCCUUCGUUUUUGUUAAGUGCUUAUGUACCUAUGCGAUUCUAAUUGGCUUAUCGUACCAAAAAGACCAACAAACUAAUAACGUUGCUAAUUCGAUUGCCUUUGCUAUGUGCAUUAAGAAUUAGCAGCUUAAUAUAUGUAUGUAUUUGUUAAAGAAAGUUUAGAAAUAAUUCAAAACUAGCAACGCAUCACGAUAACUACAGCGAAAUAGAAAACAAGCACCAUAUUCUUGAUUCCGCACCUUAUAAAUUCCGCUUGCGCCGGUGAAAAAAUAAUCAAUGAGAAUGGAAGUUCAGACGGUGAAUAAUCACCUAAACAAUUCCCUCAUAUCACCGCCAGCCUUGUCACAAUCACAGCAAGCGCAACUGAAUAACAGUAUCAUCACACUUAGUCGCAGUAACAGUCCGGCCAGUUCGAAUUCAGAGAUUGAAAAAGAAUUGCAAGAUUUGGAUUUAAAUAGUUCGCUGAAUAGUGGCAGUGUCAGUUUGGGUGCCGAUCUCAAUUGUAAAUCGAAUGGUUCGUUAAGCGGUGCCUCUACUACCAGCUCGACCACGGGCCUUACCACGUCAGUGACCACCGCCGCCGCUGCAACAGGUAUAAAAACAACUUCUUCUACCGAAGCUUUAAUCAAUGGCAAUGGUGCUGACGCUACAAAUACAACAAUUAACACCUUAGCAGUAUCACAGGUGAAGAAGCGUAUUUCUAGCAGCCGUACGCCAACACGCAAAGCGAGACGAAUAAAAUUCUAUCGCAAUGGCGAUCGUUUCUAUCCGGGUAUAACCAUUCCAGUCUCAAAUGAACGUUAUAGAUCAUUCGAGAGCCUUUUUGAAGACUUAACACGUUUAUUAGAGGAUAACGUAAAAAUUCCAGGGGCUGUGCGCACCAUUUAUACCAUGUGUGGCAAAAAGAUCUCCACUUUGGACGAACUCGAAGAUGGCCAAAGUUACAUUUGUUCCUGUAAUAAUGAGAAUUUCAAGAAAAUCGAAUACAACACCUCCUCACAACCGUUGGCCAACUUAACACUCUCCAACAAGACAAACAAUCGUUUGUCCAAAGCUUAUCGUCCAUCUUCACCGCUUAAGAAUGGUACGGCCACUUACAAUAGCGGCGGUGGCGGCGUAGCUGGAGGUGGCGUAACCGGUAAUGGCACAAAUGCCACAGCUGGUGCCACUAAUGGCAGUCCAGUGCUAAAAUUAAGCGAACGCGACCGUGUGGUACAUCCCCGUAUUGUGACACUGAUAAGGAAUGGCACCAAGCCACGAACUAUUAUGCGCCUACUGUUAAACAAACGCAACAGUCCGAGCUUUGAUCAUGUAUUAACCGCCAUCACGCAAGUAGUACGCCUUGAUACAGGUUAUGUACGCAAAGUGUUUACGCUCUCUGGUAGUCCGGUUGUACAGUUGGCCGAUUUCUUCGGUCCCGAUGACAUUUUCUUUGCCUAUGGCACAGAGCGUGUUAAUAAUCCAGAAGAUUUCAAACUCGAACCUGACGAACACAAAGCCAUACAGGCCAUACGAAAGUCACUGCGUACAGCAGGUACGACAUAUAAGGGUCCCAAACCGAAAAUGCCAGUAAAGAGUAAAAAUCUGAAUAGCGCAAAACAUCAGCAAAAUCAUCAACAAGAACCAUGUGAUCAAAUUGUUGACGAAGAUUUGGCCGCGUUAAAUGAGAGCGGCAUCGAUGCAAGCGAACUGCCUGGUGUAAUACGUGAACGUUACGCAUUGGGUCAGAUUAUAGGUGAUGGCAAUUUUGCUGUUGUCUUAAAGAUCAAAGAUCGGCAGAGCGGUUUGCCAUAUGCGUUGAAAAUCAUCGAUAAAAGUAAAUGUAAAGGCAAGGAGCACUACAUCGAUGCUGAGGUGCGUGUAAUGAAAAAAUUACAACAUCCACACAUUAUUUCUUUAAUUAUGGAUGUUGAUCAGCAAGCGAAUAUGUACUUGGUGUUGGAGUAUGUAAGCGGUGGUGACCUUUUUGAUGCUAUAACACGUGUAACACGCUUCUCUGAGAAUCAGUCACGUGUAAUGAUUAAGCAUUUGGCCUCCGCCAUGGCCUAUUUACAUUCCAUGAGCAUUGUGCAUCGUGACAUCAAACCCGAGAAUCUAUUGGUUGAGCUGGAUGCCAAUGGCUAUGUAACUGAACUGAAAUUGGCUGAUUUUGGUUUGGCCUGUGAGGUGACCGAACCAUUGUUUGCUGUAUGCGGCACGCCAACUUAUGUUGCACCUGAAAUCCUAAUGGAAACAGGUUACGGUCUGAAGAUCGAUGUUUGGGCUGCUGGUAUAAUACUUUACAUCUUGCUUUGCGGCUUUCCACCAUUCGUUUCGCCCGAUAAUCAACAAGAACCGCUAUUCGAUGCCAUUAUAUCCGGUGUAUAUGAAUUCCCAGAACCUUACUGGUCGGACAUUGGUGAUGGUGUACGCGAUCUCAUUGCUAACAUGCUGCAAUCCGAUCCCGAAGUACGUUUCACCAGCGAGGAUAUAUUGGAUCACUACUGGACACUGGGAGAAUGUAAUGAUUAUAGCAGUUGAAUUUACUGCCUAAAUGCGUUGGAAUAGCGGGUGGGAAAACGUUACAAACAACAAAAACAACAAUGUUAUGAUCACAUUUUAGGUCUAUAGCUAGUUUAGGAAGCUGCUUGUUUGUCGACGUAAACAUAUAUAAAUAUAUACAUACAUAUAGGAUUAGUUUCCGGGGGGCGUAGUUUUAGUAUUAUGUAUUUAAUUGCUUAUUAAAAAUUAUAAUUAACGAAAAUUUAUUUAUAUGCGAGAAAAAAAAUUUAAAAUGCGACAAUGCAAAGAUGAUACAAUGUUAAUAACUAAAAGAAGAAAA